CUAUUUUACAAAUUUGGUUGAAUACAUUAGUAAUACUAUAUGCUCCAAUAUUUUCACUUAUAUUUUCAAGCAUGCUGAAGCACGGUUCUGUUUCCAGCAAUCCUGGCUACAUCUUGCAUUCGCCGUUUCGAUGCCUCCCCCUUGCCUCACCUUAAACGUUUCCAUCGGCGCGGUUGUUUUCGGGAGCUUUAAGCACCAUCUUUGUGUGUGAAUUGUAGGGGAACGUCAUGACCUAAAGACCCUGGAAAUUUAAACCUACAUUUGAGCCGAGAUUUGCGUUUGAGUGGGCACAAUGGCGACGAAUCGAAGCAAUCGGUCGCAGGACGAAACGCGGGUCAAAAUAGAGCAGUACGAAACAUUUGUGGACAAGCGUCUGAAACCGGACCUGGUCACCGCGAUCGGCCUGCGAGACAAAGUCCUGGAGCAGCAGAAAGUGUACUCCGACCUUGCCAAGAAUAUAAUACUGUUACAGGAGCAGAAAUUGACCAAGCUGAGGACGAUGAUCAAUUUGGGGUCUGAGCUUUAUGGGCAAGCCGAGGUGCCCGAUGCCACGCGCAUUUUCGUAAAUAUAGGUCUAGGAUUCCACGCUGAGUUCACUUUGGACGAGGCACUAGGAUUUAUAGUUGAAAAGGAUAAAAUGCUUAGUAAGCAGGUGGAGGAGCACACAGCCCAGGUUGCAAAUAUCAAAGCUCAGAUCAAGCUUGUUGUUGAAGGAAUUCGAGAAUUGAUGAACAUGGCAAGCUGAGUUUGGUUUUGCGUUCUUCGCUACUUGUUCUUCCUGUACUAGAGCGUCCUCGCCAAUUCGCAUCCAGAAGAGACUUUUCACCGUCAUCCGUUGAAAUUACAGAAGCUCGAAUGUAUGUGCAUUGUUGGAUGGCUA